AUGAUGGCGAGCAUCUCACCGCUCCCAGCAGAGCGCACCGCCGCGGGCUUCCUCGACACGCCGCUCGAGAUCCGGCUCAUCGUCUACCGCUUCCUCCUCGUCAAGCCCGAGCGCGUGGUGCUGCACCAGAACCCGGACCUGAUCGUGCAGGGCCCGGCUAAGAGCCACGCGACCAACGUGCUGCUGCUGUGCCGGCAGGUCAGCGACGAGGCGCUGGACGUGCUGUAUGGGGAGAACGUGUUCUGGGCGCACCAGUCGGCGGCGUUCCCGGACGUGGCGGCGCGGAUCCCCGAGCGCAACCGCGCGCGCUUCCGCCGCGUCAUGGUCAGCCACCACCUCGACUUCCCGCCCGGCCAGGAGGUGCUGACAGUCGCCCGCGCCCCCGACCCCGCCGCCUGGGCCACGCUACUGGCCAACCUGCGCGAGCUGCGCCUGCUGCUGUGGCCGCCGCCGUGGCCCGCCAUCCGCGAGGCCCUCGACGAGGAUGGUGUGGAUUACCGGCCCGCGGUGGUGCUGGGCGAGCUCGGCCAGCUGGCGAGAUUCUACCUCGAGCGUGUCGCCUGCGCUGAAGUGCUGCGGGUCGGGCUCGUCGGGUGGCACGGGGGCACCGCCGAGUCGUUUGAGAAGGCCUGGCGGAGGCUGGGGCUCCCUGAGGGCGGGGCUGGCUACAGCUUGAAAACCCGAUUUGCCGUGUCGCGGAUCGCCGCCGAGAUCGCGCCAAAGCGUGACAUCAUCAUCUCCCUCACACAUACAAUGGCGAGAAGAAUAGCUAUGACAGCGGCCGUCGCGCAGAGAACCCAGCCAGCAAGAGCUGCGAGACACACGACAAAGUCAACACCAAAGGCUGAGCCUGCAGCCAAAGUCAAACCCGCGCCAGACCUACCCGGCACGCCCCCAGCAAGGGCAAACGUAAACAAAGAGUGUUUGCCAGACCUCAAGCCAAACCCCUCGACGCCUACGAAAACCAAAGCAAUCAAGAAAGAAGACGACGCCACCCCGUCCUCGCCUCUCUCAUCACCCAACACCUCCUUGCCCUCGCCCAACACCUCCUCGCCCUCGCCCACCACCUCCUUGCCCUCGCCCACCAAGCCGAGCCCCACAACACCCACAAAGAAACCGCCCCUGGACCUGCAAGCGCGGAAACUCAAGGCAUACACACAGCACGGCAGCCACACGUCGCCCUUCCCCGACUUCCCUCACCCAACACCCAGCGACUGCCAGCGAGCCCUCGCCAUUCUGACAUCCCUGCACGGAGCGCGCGCGCGGCCGGCGCAACUCGAAGCGUCGGCGACACGCGCCGGGUGCGGCGACGCACCCUGCGUGCUCGACGCACUCGUGCGGACCAUCCUCUCGCAGAACACGACCGACACCAACUCGUCGCGCGCGUACCGCAGCCUGAGCCGCGUGUACGGGACCGACGGCGACCAUGGCAGAUGGGCCGCCGUCGCGGCGGGCGGGCCGGCGAAGCUCGAGCGCGCGAUCCGCUGCGGCGGGCUGAGCGCGGUCAAAUCGCGCACCAUUCUGUCCGUCCUCGACCAAAUCCACGCCCACACCGGCGGGAGGUACUCGCUCGAGCACCUGCGGACCAUGCCAGCCGACGCCGCGAUGCGGUCCCUCCUCGCCUUCCGCGGCGUGGGCCCCAAGACGGCGAGCUGCGUGGCUCUGUUCAGCCUGGGGCACGCCAGCUUCGCCGUCGACACGCACGUGUGGCGGCUCGCGGGGCUUUUGGGGUGGCGGCCGCCGUCGGCGUCGCGCGAUUCUACGCACCUACAUCUCGAUGCGGCCGUGCCGGAUGAGUCCAAGUAUGCACUGCAUGUGCUGUUGGUUACGCACGGCAAGCGGUGUGGUGAGUGCCGGGCCGGCGGGAAGGCGGCGGGCGCGUGUCCGUUGCGGAGGGCGUUCCCUGCGGGAGGUGACGAAGGGGAUGGGGGGGAGCCGGGGGUUAAGGUGGAGGAGGUGCUGGAGUGA